AUGUUAAAUACUACAAGGUUAUUUGUAUUAUAGGUAAUAAUAUUAAAAAUUAUAAGUAAUUUAACAUACAUAUCAAUUUUUGAAACAUUAAGUAAGGCUUCCUAUCAAUUCAAGUCUGGAUUAUACACAUAGAAAUAAGUUUACUACAUUUUAUGUAAUGUUGAUUAUAUAUUUUAGAAUUAAUUUGCUUAAUUAGUAGAAUGUUAAAAAUGAGUUAUAUUUAUAUACAAUCAGAUUGGAUGUUAUUAAAAGUCAAUUUAAUGCAAGUAUUAUUCCAAUAAAAUAUUAUAACUCAGUAAAAUGGUAGAUUAUCUAAGGACAUAGAAUUAUAUUAGAAUCAACAUAAGUAUGUUGUCAUCUAAAAGAAAUGUUUAUGGCUAAUAGUGUUUAUGACUUUUUGGAUGAAGAAUUGUGGGAAUUCUUGUUUGUAUAAUUGAUAGUAGCCUAGUUCAUAUUGUGUUAUUUUGGUUUUUAGACUAAAAUUCAAUUUUGA